AUGGGAGCUUGCACAGAGGCUCCCAAGCUAUCAGAAUGCAUAACUGCCUUUCUGGACAGAAGGGCAUUGGGCAAUGUGAUUCUCAUUCUGACAAAGCUCUACGACUUCAACUUGGGGAGUGUAACGGAGAGCUCACUGUGGAGGUCAACAGACUAUGGCACUACUUAUGAAAAGCUAAAUGACAAAGUAGGCCUGAAGACUGUGCUGAGCUACCUAUAUGUCAGUCCCACUAACAAGAGGAAGAUCAUGCUUCUUAGUGAUCCAGAGAUUGAGAGCAGCAUCCUCAUCAGCUCUGAUGAAGGAGCUACCUAUCAGAAGUACCGUUUGAACUUCUAUAUCCAGAGCUUGCUCUUCCACCCCAAGCAGGAGGAGUGGAUCUUGGCCUACAGUCUGGAUCAAAAGCUGUACAGCUCCAUGGACUUUGGAAGAAAAUGGCAGCUCAUGCACGAGCGGGUGACACCAAACAGGUUUUACUGGUCAGUGGCUGGUUUGGAUAAAGAACCUGACCUUGUGCACAUGGAAGCCCGGACAGCUGAUGGACACACCCACUAUUUGACCUGUCGGAUCCAGGAGUGCUCCGAGACCAAGAGGAGCGGGCCCUUCUCGCGCUCCAUCGAUGUCAGCUCCCUGGUUGUUCAGGAUGAAUACAUCUUCAUCCAGGUGACAACUGGUGGAAGAGCAACUUACUAUGUGUCAUACAGACGGGAACCGUUUGCACAGAUCAAAUUACCCAAAUACUCCCUUCCUAAGGACAUGCAUAUUAUCAGCACAGAUGAGAAUCAGGUGUUUGCAGCUGUUCAAGAGUGGAACCAGAAUGACACCUAUAACCUGUACAUCUCAGACACCCGAGGGGUCUACUUCACCCUGGCCUUGGAAAAUGUGAAAAGCAGCCGAGGACUGGAGGGGAAUAUUGUCAUUGACCUUUAUGAGGUAGCAGGGAUCAAAGGCAUAUUCCUGGCUAACAGGAAGGUAGAUGACCAGAUCAAGACUUUCAUUACCUACAACAAGGGCAGAGACUGGCGUUUGCUACAGGCACCGAACACUGAUCUAAGGGGGGAUCCUGUACUUUGCCAGCUGCCCUUCUGCUCGCUGCACUUGCGCCUGCAACUCUCAGAGAAUCCAUACACAUCAGGGAGCAUUUCCAGCAAAGAGACAGCUCCUGGGCUGCUGGUGGCCACAGGCAAUAUUGGCUCUGAACUUUCCUACACGGAGGUUGGCAUGUUCAUCUCCUCUGAUGGUGGCAAUUCCUGGAGACAGAUCUUUGAGGAGGAAUACAACGUUUGGUUUCUGGACUGGGGAGGGGCACUAGUGGCCAUGAAACACACGUCAGUGCCCAUCCGGCACAUGUGGGUGAGUUUUGAUGAGGGAAGAUCCUGGAUUAAAUACAGUUUCACAUCAACACCACUUUUUGUGGAUGGAUCCCUAGUAGACCCUGGCAUAGAGACCCAGAUAAUGACAGUUUUUGGGCACUUCAGCCUCCGUUCUGAGUGGCAGCUGGUCAAGGUGGAUUACAAGUCUCUCUUCAGCCGCAGGUGUACCAAAGAUGACUACCAGACCUGGCAUCUGCACAAUCAGGGGGAGCCUUGUGUCAUGGGGGAGAGGAAGAUCUAUAAAAAACGCAAGCCUGGAGCCCAGUGUUCCCUAGGUCGGGACUAUUCCCAAACUGUGGUGUCUGAACCAUGUGUCUGUGGCCAAGGAGACUUUGAGUGUGACUAUGGAUAUGAGAGGCACAGCAACAACCAGUGCAUCCCAGCCUUCUGGUUCAGCCCAUCCUCCCUGUCCAAGGAUUGCAACGUUGGUCAGAACUACUGGAACAGCACUGGGUACCGCAGGAUUGUGUCUAACAACUGCACAGAUGGCUUGAGAGAGAAGUACAUGGCCAAGAUGGAGAAAUGCCCUGGAAAAGCUCCUCGGGGAUUGCACAUCCUCACCUCCGACGGGAAGCUGGUUAUGGAGCAGGGGCACAACGCCACCUUCAUCAUCCUCAUGGAAGAGGGUGAUCUCCAAAGGACAAACAUCCAGCUUGAUUUUGGAGACGGCAUUGCAGUGUCCUAUGCCAAUUUCAGCCCUGUGGAGGAUGGCAUCAGGCACGUGUAUAAGAGUGCUGGAAUCUUCCAGGUGACGGCGUAUGCAGAGAACAGCCUGGGCUCAGACACUGCUGUCCUGUUCCUGCACGUGGUCUGUCCAGUGGAGCACGUCCAUCUGAGUGUUCCCUUUGUUGCCAUCAGAAAUAAGGAUGUCAACAUUACUGCAGUAGUUUGGCCCAGCCAGGCAGGCACACUUACCUACUUCUGGUGGUUUGGCAACAGUACCAAGCCCCUCAUCACCUUGGAGAGCAGCAUCUCGUACACGUUCACUGUGGAGGGGAUGAACACUGUCACCGUGCAGGUCGCUGGGGGCAACACCCUCAUCCAGGACACCAAGGAGAUCGCAGUGCAUGAGUAUUUCCAAUCUCAGCUCCUGUCAUUUUCUCCCAACUUGGAUUACCAUAACCCUGACAUCCCUGAAUGGAGACAAGAUGUUGGCAAAGUCAUCAAGAGAGCACUAGCACAGGUGACUGGUAUCCCUGAUGAACAGAUCCUGGUAGCUCUGUUCCCUGGGCUGCCUACUUCUGCUGAACUCUUCAUACUGCCCCACAAAAACACAACAGAGAGGAGGAAAAGCAGUGAGGCUGAUCUGGAGCAAGUGGUAGAAAUCCUUUUUAAUGCUCUCAACCAGAACCUGGUCCAGUUUGAACUGAAGCCUGGCGUUGAAGUGGUUGUGUAUGUUACUCAGUUAACAUUAGCACCACUUGUGGAUUCCAGCUCUGGUCACAGCAGUUCAGCCAUGCUGAUGUUGUUGUCAGUGGUGUUUGUGGGCUUGGCUGUUUUUUUAAUCUACAAAUUCAAGAGGAAAAUCCCUUGGAUUAACAUCUAUGCCCAAGUUCAGCAUGACAAGGAGCAGGAAAUGAUUGGCUCUGUCAGCCAAAGUGAAAAUGCCCCCAAAAUCACCCUGAGUGAGUUCACAGACCCUGAGGAGCUGAUGGACAAAGAGCUGGACACACGAGUGAUGGGAAGCAUCUCAACAAUUGCCAACAGUGAAAGCACAAAGGAAAUCCCCAACUGCACUAGUGUUUAAUACUGAGAAUCCACUUGGUCUACAGCAUUUCUGAAUUUUUAUUUGUAAUUAUUAUUG